GACGUAUACAUGCUGGCACGUAGAAGCCCUUAGACACGGGCAGAACGUGCUAUGAGCGCAUUCGUAGCUCGCAAAUUUCUGGGUUACCCGGCUGCAGUGCAGCCCGGGCUAACCCGGCCGGCAUCAGCAAGAUGCGUUGCUGCCCAUGCUCGGCGAGCUCGCAAGGCCACUGAGGAGGCGCCCAUGGAGGAGAAUACCGCGGCGGCUGACGCGUCCAUUCCCACGCGUACGCGACGGACUCGUGCGACCGCAAUAAUUGAGGACGUUAAUGCAGUGGACGCGGGUGCUACGGCAAAGCCCGCUCGUGCCACCAGGCGAAAGGCUGUUGACGGUGAAAUUGCUGCGGAAAUUGCGGUCGAGGUUGAGGCUGAGGCCGCAGCCAAGCCCAAGCGGGCCAGCCGCAAGAAGACCGUGACGGAAUCGGGCCCUGAACUAAUUACCAGCCUCGGCGGAGACUCGGGCGCGGGCGAGGCCGGCGCCGGGGCCGAGGCCGAGGCCCCCGCCAAGCCCAAGCGGGCUGGUCGCCGCAAGACGGUCACGGCGACCCCCGAGGACGCCGAGGCCGCAGCCGGCGGGGCGGAGGCGGAGGCCGAGCAGCCCAAGCCGAAGAAGCGCGCCAGCGCGGGACGCAAGACCAAGACCGCGGCAGAGGCGGAGGCGGCAGAGCCGGAGAGCGUGGAGGGACUGCCCGACGUCACGUCGGCCCGCGCCCGGCGCCUGCUUCCUGACUCGGGGCUGAACCUGGGGCUGGACCUGUCGGGUGGGGCGGCGGCGGCGGCGGCAGCCGGCGGGGCACGGCGCGGGCGCCGCACCACCGUCGCAGUUGCGGAGGAGGCAGCGGAGGCGGGCGCAGCGGCGGAGGGCGCGGCGGAGGAGGCCGCCGCCGCCGGCGCGGCGGUGCGGGCGGCCCGGCGGCGGGCGGGCGGGCGGCGCGCGGGCGCGGCGGCUGCGGCGGUGACGGAGGCGGUGGCGGAGAAGACGUUGUCAGAGCUGGCGGUGCGGAAGGCGCCCAACGGGACGGUGCUGGGCAUCAACCGGGCGGCUCUGGGCAUGGGCAAGCGGCAGUGGUGGGCGCUGGGGGUGAGUGCGGGCGGCGAGAAGCGCUGGGCGGAGCAGCUGCGCACCAAGCUGGUGGACCGGGUGCCGCAGCUCAUGGACCCGGAGACGGGCAAGAUGGCUCCCUCGCUGUCCCUUGUUGAGAUCUGGGUGCCUGAGCGCAAGACCAAGACCCUGGCCAAGAAGACAGGCAACGUCAUCUCCAAGAAGGUGGUGUACAAGGAGGGCUGGGUGUACCUGAACGCGGUCCUGGACGAGACCCUGAUGGGCGUGGUGGAGGAGUGCCGCGGCUUCACGCUGUGGCGGGGCGAGCAGGACUACGUGCUGGAGGACGUGGGCGCGGUGAAGCUCAUCCAGCCGCUGUCGGAGGAGAUGGUCAACCAGAUCAAGGAGUGGGAGAAGCUGCCUGAGGAGGAGGCGCUGGAUCCCGAGGUGCUGGCCGCCAUGCGGCUGGAGCAGUUCGGCGCGGCGGGGGGAGGCGUGCUGGGAGAGAGUGAGCGGGCUGAGGACCAGGAGGGCGCUAUGGAGCUGGACGACAGCGGCCGGGCCCGAUACCGCAACGACUACUACACGGGCGGCCGCGACAACCCCAGCAACUGGACCGCCGGCCGCGGCGCCGCCGACGGCCAGGCGGAGGAGGAGCCGGAGGAGGACGUGGAGUCGCUGCGCGGCGCGGACGGCCGCGGCCAGGAGAUCGCAUACGCGCCCGUGCCACCGCCGCGCCGCCCGCGCCGCGACGAGCGCGCGCCCGGCAACGACCGCUUUGACCGCGGCGGCGACCGCGGCUUUGACCGGGGAGAGCGCAACGACCGCUUUGACCGGGGAGAGCGGAAUGACCGCGGGGACCGUGGCUUUGACCGGGGCGGCGAUCGGUUUGACCGGAACGACCGGUAUGACCGGAAUGACCGCGGCGGCGACCGCAGCCAGCGCGGCGAUCGCGGCAGCAGCUGGGAGCCGCGGCAGCAGCGCGACAGCGGCUGGGGCCGUGACGGCGGCGGCGACCGCGCGCCGGCCAACCCGUACGGCGAGGUGCCGCGGACCGCGGGCGUGAGGCCCUCGGUCCGCGACGGGGCUCCCGCGCCCCGGCAGCAGGCGCAGCGUCAGCCGGCGGCACCCCUGCCCGACCUUGACUUUGAGGAGUGGGACGAGUCAGGCAGAGAGCCGGCGGUUCAGCCGCCCAUCCCGCCGCCCCCGAAGGCAUCGGUGGCUACGCCAGCCACGCCGGCGCCGGUGAACAAGACGGCGGCCGCCGCGAACGCGCGCGCAGCGGCGGCGUACCCGCCGCCACAGACGCGGGAGGAGGUGUACGGCGAUGAGGAUGACGCCGUACUGCGCGGCGGCAUGACGUUCGACGACCUGGAUCCGGAUUUCGACAGCCGCCGCGGCGGCGCCGCUGGCGCUGGCGCGGAGGACCCGCUCCUGGGCCGCAUUGACGGCCCCGCCGGCGGCGGCCUGGAUAUGGAUGACUGGUUCAGCGCCGGCGGCGCGGCGCCGGCGGCGGCCGGGCGCGGCGGGCGGCAGCAGCAGCAGAAGCAGCAGAAGGGCGGGCGGCAGCAGCGCGGCGUCGACGACGACCUCGGGGGUUACACCGGCGGCGGCUACGGCGGCGGCGACCCGCUCUCCUUCGACAACGAGUUUGACUUUGACCUGGGCGGUGGCGCGGGCGGCGCCGCCGGGUUCGGUUUCGGCGACGACGACCUUGGCGACUGGGAUGCGCCCGCCGCCGGUGGCAAGCGUCAGCAGCAGCAGCGCGGCGGCCGUGGCGGCGCCGCCGGCAGCUUCGGUGGCGCUGCCGGCAGCCGCCUCGGUGGCGGCGCCGCCGCCGCCGAUGAUGACCUGCUGGGUGGCGGCGCCGCCGGUUUUGGUGACGACGACUGGGGUUACUUUGGAGAUGACGACCUGGGCGGCGGCGACCUGGGCGGCUUCGGCGGCGGCGACCCCUUCGAUCUGGAUCUAGACAUUGAUCCGUUUGGAGGAGGCGGCGGCGGCGGCGGCGGUUACAGCGGCGGGCGCGGCGGCGGACGCGGCGGGCGCGGCGGCUACAUGGCGGGCUCAGGCCCAACCUAUGUCGACGACCUGCCAGCCUCCAGCCCGCAGCAGACGGGGCAGGGGCAAGGCCGCGGCGGGUGGCAGGACCGGAGCGGCGGCGGCGGCGGCCGUGGCGGCGGCUACAGCAGUGGUGGACGCGGCGGCUACAACAACAACCGCGGCGGUUAUAACAACAACCGCGGUGGCGGCGGCGGCGGUUACAACAACAACCGCAGCAACUACCAGGGCGGUGGCGGCCGCGGUGGUGGUGGACGCGGCGGCUACAACAGCGGUGGGCGUGGCGGGCGUGGCGGAUACGGCGGCGGGCGUGACGGCGGUGGCUACGGCGGCGGCGGAUACGGUGGCGGUGACGCGCCGUAAUACAACGGCGUUUAGGGAGCCGUUGACAUUCGCAAGGUUUAUAGGUAGUGCUAGUGCUUGGGCAGCAAGUGCGUUACUGACUUACUGUGGUGGGUGCAAUGUACGGCGCCAGCUGGGGAUUGCUUUUUUGCACAAUAUUCGCACAUCUCCGCUGGCUGGGUUUGGGCGUGUAGGCUUUUCUACUACCGUACAUGGAUGGCGGAUGGGGGAAAGUCCCGCUUGAUGACUACGGCGGGGUAAGGGUGACACCGGCAGUGGACAGCUCCGCGAGCAAAGCGGUGGCGUGGGCGCACGCGGUGUGGCCUGGGGCAGGGGCUGGCAGCUGCAGGGCUGGCGCGCUGAUGCAUUGAGCUGGAAUACCGUGGGGCGGGGGCGGGGCUCUGGGCUCUGGGGGAUGUGGCGACACGAGGUGCGGCUGGCGUGUUGGCCGCGGGCGUGUGCAGCGCUGGGGCACGAGCAUGGGGCAGACGAGCAGCCGAGCGCGCCGGGUCGUGGCGGAGGCCGACGGAGGUGACCGAAUGCAGUGCUGGAGCCUGGAGCGCUGUAAGACAUGGCGGUU